UGCUCAGAAAGAGCAGUUUAUUGCUGCUGUAGUUACUCAUCACUGUCCUCCCCACAAAGCGCAUCUCCGAUACUCAACUUGACCUGACCUGGUUUAAUCCUCAAAGUCAUUUUUGUUUCGGUCAACAAGGUCUCGACCGAUCACUUCAUCUCUCCUCGUCCUCGACUCGAGCGCUCAUCCUCUUGCGCGACAGCAGGCGCAGACAGCGCACUGUCCGACCCGGGCAUUAGAAUAAGUGACUGUUGCGGUGAGGAGGAAUUGUGGGAGGACUCAGUGGAUGACAAGCUGUGCGCUGGGAGGUAGAGAGGCGAAUAAAAUCACACAGAAGCUCAAGCUCGACUCCAGCGACGGAAUCCCGGCUUGUUUACUCUGUACCGGGCACAGAGGAACACCGCUGCGCAGGCAUAACUAAAAGAGCGGAGUGUGGACCGGGGGGGCGGCUGUCUGUCUGUCACCACCAUGUCAGCGGCAACGGCUUCAAUAGCAGAUGUGUCCAGGACUGAUUUUACAAACAAAGAUGAUGGCGGUGACCGGAAUAACUUAGGUCAGUUCCAGGCUCAGUGCACACCCAUGCCGCUGCCUGCCCUGGGCACCCAGAAAAUCAUCCAGGGCAAUGGCACCAAUGUGGGCACAGUCAUUUCCCUGCAGUGCCCAGCCAAACACAAACUGGUAGGAAGAGAGCUGAUGUGUGUCAUGGGCACCAACAGCACCCACUGGGUGGGGGAGACCUACUGUAAACCUAUGGCUCCCUACGAGGACUAUGGCUUCCGUGUGGCUGUUUUGGCAUCCAUUGUAAGCUCAGCCAUAAUCCUCCUCAUGUCCGUGGCCUUCAUCACCUGCUGUUUGCUCGACUGCAUCAAAGAGGACAAAAGGAAAGAGCAGGAGACGGACUCAGAUGUGUGGCAAUGGGAGGAGCAGGCCCAACAUCAGGAGGACAACAGGUCUCGCUACAGCCAUAAAGGCAGGAACAACAACAACAACACCCAGGAGAAGAUGCUCUCCCUGUGGGACACCCACAACCCAGCUAUGUGUGACAACAUGCGAGCCUGCAGAUGUCAUCAGGAAUACGCUUAUGGUCCCGUCUGCACAUAUAAUGGCCCCACCGCUCUGCUUGCUGCUCUACCAGGGCAUGACUAUGACCAGCCUCUCUUACCGCAAAACCCAGAUUCUGCACAGAUCUCUGGUCCACCUCAAUACCCCGGACCUCCUCUGUCCUCUUGUCAAACUACGAGCCCAGGCCUGGUCCAGAUCUCAGCAGCGGGACCUGGUUUGGUGUGGCAGUAUGGAAGACAGCACAGCAGUUUGUCAGGAGCGAACCCGUCAACCACAGAUGAGUCCAACACAAGGAAUAUAAACCCGGCCAAAGAAUUUUCCAUAAGGAUCAUAUCAGUGUGAGGACAUAUUAAUGAGGUGAAUACCAUCAGUCAAGAACUUGUUUAAUGACCAAAUAAGUACAACAGGGUCGACUUUAUCAAUGAGGACUACAGGAAGUAAUCACUGAACAUUCCUGCUCUUGUUGAUAUUGUUAUGUGUGCAGUUCUACACAGUAUGAGGGCUCUGUAGGCAUACUGAUCUGACAGACGCAUGUGCCUUUUGUAAACUGUAAUGGCACACUGCCCUCUGUCUGAAAAGGGAAGCCAUUGCACUUUCAGGACACCAGCCUUUUUGGAUGAGACUCGCUGUAAUUAGAAUGUCAUGGGAUUUCCUUGACCUUAAUUGAGCUUAAAUGAAAUUGUUGUGAUGAGGUUGAGGUUAACGAUUAAGAUGUCUAUGGGGAUAUAGUUCACAACAGGAGGAGGAGUGGAGCGACUGGAAAGCACUAGACUGGCAUGUUUGUAAAUAUAAUUUUUAAGGAAUGUAAUUCAAUUAAAGACUUCUAUUGACAAUGAGUGAGACUGUAUUGCAAUGGAAAGAGGGCAAUAGUGGACAUUUCUUUCUAAGGGAUAAAUGCAGAUUUACAAGUCAACUUGAUAAGGCCACAUCACAGUGAGUUUGACUGUUCUGUGUCAUGAUGUAAAAGUAGGUGAGAAACUAAAGGAAAAUGUUAAUAAAUGAGUGGAGAAACAUAA